CGUAGUGCUCAGAAUCAUAAAGAGGUUCAUCUAUAGUUGCCUAAAAUACCCCUAAUCGACUUCUCUUUCCAUCGCUGCUGCAGCGUGGGGUUUCCCAGCGCCGACUGCAGGGUUACCGCGCCCAUCUCUUUUUCUGAUGGCUGCACUAGAGUGAGUCAAAGUGGGGACAGGACAGGUGUGAGGUUGGGCAAAGGGGAAAGAGCAGGCUGACUUCUUCCGUGGGAAAUAGAUACUUUUAAUUUUGCCAAAUUUUCGGCUGCCAUUGCAGUGUUCUCGGCACAGGCUAGUGGGUGUGAUUUCACCCCCCCACCCCCUCCCCUCCCCGCCUGGUUGUCAAGCUCCCCAGCCGUAGCCCGCGUUCGGGAAGGGCUGCUCCUCGGAAAACAGCGCUAGCUGGCUUAGCUAGUUAGUGAGCUAGCGUUGUGGUCGUUGAUGCGUGGAUCGGAGGAAUACACGGUCUUGAUUACCAGUCAAUGCCAAAACGCAAAAACAAGCGCAAAUUAAGUCAGAUCAUUAAGUGCCCUGGUAGCUGAGUGAGGUAACUGAAAAAAAUAAAAUGAGCGAAUUGGACCAGUUACGCCAAGAGGCAGAGCAGCUCAAGAAUCAGAUCAGAGAUGCCAGAAAAGCAUGUGCAGAUGCCACGCUAUCACAGAUUACAGCUAACAUUGACCCCGUUGGCCGGAUCCAGAUGCGAACAAGACGGACGCUGCGGGGACAUUUGGCUAAAAUCUAUGCCAUGCACUGGGGAUCGGAUUCCAGGCUUCUUGUCAGUGCUUCUCAAGAUGGCAAACUCAUUAUUUGGGACAGCUAUACCACAAACAAGGUUCACGCUAUUCCUCUUCGAUCUUCCUGGGUCAUGACGUGUGCAUAUGCACCAUCAGGAAACUAUGUGGCCUGUGGUGGCUUAGACAACAUCUGCUCCAUUUACAACCUGAAAACGCGUGAGGGGAAUGUACGUGUGAGCCGCGAGCUUGCUGGACAUACAGGAUAUUUGUCCUGCUGUCGCUUUCUUGAUGACAACCAGAUUGUUACAAGUUCUGGAGACACCACUUGUGCGCUUUGGGACAUUGAAACAGGCCAGCAGACGACCACAUUUGCUGGACACACAGGUGACGUCAUGAGCCUGUCCCUGGCUCCUGACACACGGUUAUUCGUCUCUGGUGCUUGUGAUGCCUCUGCAAAGCUCUGGGACAUUCGAGAGGGCAUGUGCAGACAGACGUUUACUGGUCACGAAUCUGACAUUAAUGCCAUCUGUUUCUUCCCCAAUGGCAAUGCCUUUGCCACGGGCUCAGAUGAUGCCACGUGCAGGCUGUUUGACAUCCGUGCCGAUCAGGAGUUAAUGAUCUACUCUCAUGACAACAUCAUAUGUGGCAUCACCUCUGUUGCUUUCUCGAAGAGCGGCCGCCUUCUCCUGGCAGGAUACGACGACUUCAACUGUAACGUGUGGGACACACUAAAAGCUGACCGUGCCGAUGUUCUUUUAACUCCAAAGUUGACUGGAAGACCAUUACAACUUGAGAAUGUUCACAGCAUCUUCAACACUGUUUAAACUGACUUGGACACCACAAAAACGAAGGGAAACCAAUGCCUUUCCUACACAAAGAAGAGCACAAUUGUUUAUCACCUAGUUCAGAAAGGAUCUCCUGUGGUAUCAAAUCAGAAACUUGUGCAUUCCUCCUUGGACCAUUUUUAUGUUACCUUGAAAGAGAAAACAACACUAUCAUCCCACGCAACUGUGUGUGUCAUGAAAGCAAAUGUUGGAGUCUAAUUGUACAAAUUAUUUAACUUUUUUUUCUUUCUUUUUUUUUUUUUAAAGAUUUCUAUUCAGAUGGUUUGUUCUUGAUGGCUUUCUUUUUUGUCACAUUUCUUUUGCGGUUUUAGAUAUGUUUAAAUUACAGCUUGUCUUUCUAAUCCAGGUAAAUCAUUUAAGACGGAUGACAAAAACAUGCAGAAGUAAACGCUUGGAUCAUACUACACAAGCAGCUUUCAAAAUGCCCAUAAUAUAUUUAUAUUCUAGCUGUUUUUUUCAUCACAGCUUUUUGCACAUGAUGCUUUGCCUCUCAACUAAUACUAUGUUAACUAACCAAGCACAUGCUAUAAGUUAUGAAUGCUCAUUCCAGUACAAAAGGAGUUACUAUAAGUAAAUUACCCAGUUAACCCCUUAAUUCUUGUCCAUGCCUUUUCUUUUCUUUUUUACUUUUUGUGAGAAGGUUUGGGGUAGUGAGGUUGGUGCUGAAGUAAUUGAGGCAUGGCUGGACUUUACUAUAGAGAAAGGGGGUUGUGCUCUGUAUCCACUUGGAGUGAAACACCUCACCUGGCUAAAUAGACACUUCCUUUGCUUGGGACUGCAGUUGCAACUCUGUGAAUGAAAUGUACAAAUCAAUGUCUGAAAAUAAUGGUCUAAUGUUUUAAGUUAAGACAUUUAAUUUAGUCUGCCAUGAGUUAAUUUAGAUGUGCAUGCUGUAGACUUGCUUUCAAUGGUGCAAAAAUCCUUUUUUAUUGUUUUCUUUUUCUUUUUGUUACCAAAAAGAAAAAUAACCAAUUGAUUGAUCUUAAUCAGCCAAUAUUUUUGCUCAAACUCUGCAUACAUCAUGUACUAAUACAGGUUAUGCUAUGCACCAGAGUGAGCAAGAAUGGCAAAAAACUUAAUAUUGACUGCAUACUUAUUGUAAAUUAUGCUUACCAGUUCUGUUGAUGCCAAUUUUUGUAAUAAUUAUAACAAUCAUCGUGAGGCUUCUACUCUUGACAGGUCCUUUUCUCCUUCAAAUCUUGACUCAAUGGAACAAACAUGUCCCCACAUACUGUCCAUAUUAAAACUUUUGUACAUUUUUUCUCCUUGGUCUUAAAUUGAAAAUCGAAACAUCUGAAUGGCAACAUUUCACUGUAUACAGAAGCACUUUUGUUAAAUUUGUGACUUUUCUUUUUCAUUUUUUCUUUUCUGCAAUGAUGUACAAUAAAUGUGACGUAUUCGUGUGUGGCCACAAGUGAAACUACAAUUCAACUGAGAUGGACUCCCUUUUCUCUUUCCAUUAAUAUUAUUGAGCUCUGCACCCUUAUGUACCUUCUCACUUUUUGUAUUUCAUUUCAGUCUGUUGGUGUUCCACGGUGAGCUGGAUGCAAGAUAGAUACUGUACUAAAUUGUACUGUUAUUGAUUGAAAGUGUAAUAAAAAGCUGUUUGAGAUCU